AUGUUUAAUAAAAAUAAUAAUAAUAAUAAAAUAAUAAUAAUUUUAAAAUUAUUUUUAAUAAUUUUAAUUGUAAAUAAUAAUAAUAAUAUUAAAACAUUUGGAUUAAAUUUACCAGAUGGAUAUGGAGCAGGAUUAGUUGACCCAACAGCAACUUGUUCAAAUUAUAUAGGUGAUUCAAUUGAUCAACCAUUAUGUAAUGAAAAAUUACCAAAUUAUAAAAACAUUUAUACAAGUAAAAAUAUAACAAUUCAAUAUAUAAAUCAGAAAAUUGUUGAAAAAACUUUUAUCUCUUUAACAUUUUUGCAAUCGAAAUGUUUUGAUUUAAAUUUUGCAGAAUUUGGAAUUUGUGAUAUUUAUUUUCCACCAUGUUUUCAAACACCUACAACUAUAACACCAAUAAAAAGUGUAUCAUUACCACAAAGAUUAUGCAAAUCAGCAUGUGAAAGAAUGGUUUCCAAUUGUUCAUCAUUGGGUGCAUCAUUAAAUUGUUCAGAUCCAUUAAAAUUUCCAAGAAUUGCAACAUUGUAUAAUUUAACCGAUUACGGGUUCACAGCUAAUGGUGGAUUUUUCCCAGUACCUUGUUCAGAUCCAUUGGCAACUUUUGAAAAUAAAAGUACAACUAGUGAAUUAAUUGAAAUUUGUCCAUCACCAUUACUAUUAUUCAAUUCAUCGGAUCCUAAAUAUUCGGCAGAUAGAGGUUACACAUAUUUAACACCAACUAAUUGCGUAUUGCCUUGUGUUGCACCAAUUUAUACAGAGAAGAAAUGGCAUCAAAUGUAUAAUAUGUCUAAAAUAUUAUCAACAAUUAGUUUUGUAUGUUCAAUUUAUAAUGUACUUACAUUUGGUAUACUAAAUCAUAGAAGAAGUAAAUAUAAUUAUUGUAUAACCUUUUUCUCGGCAUCUGUUAUUAUAAUUACAAUGAUGGAUAUAGUUACCUAUGGAAUUGGCUAUGAGAAAUUACUAUGUCCAGAACCUGGUAGAUUUGCAGUUCAAUCAGAUGUUUCAUGUGGUGCAACAGGUGCCCUAUUUCAUAUUGGUAUUACAAAUGGUGUAUUCUGGUGGACAACAAUGUCAAUUUGUUUAUUCGCUGUUGUAAAAAGAAUUAAACUUUUCGAUUUUCGUUAUUUCAUAAUUUUCAAUACAACUGCUUCAUUAAUAUCUGUCAUUAUCCCAUUAGCAGGCAAUGCAUUUAUGGCUGGUACUGGUUCAUUAGCAUGUUGGAUUAGAAAAACUUGGUAUGUAAACAGUGUAUUUUGGAUACCAUGUGGUAUUGCUUUAACAAUUGGUUCAGUUUGUAUUAUUUUAGUAAUUUAUGAAAUUUAUAAAAUUACUAAAAAUGUUUCAACAAAAGAUAAUAGAAUGAUAUUAUUACAAAUUAAACCAUUUUUAUGUGUAACAUUAGUUGGUGGAUCAUUUUAUUAUUUAUUUAUAUUUAAUUUUGAUAAUGAAAGUCAUAGCAAAGAAUAUAAAGAAAAAGUAGUUGAUUAUGUAAUGUGUUUAUUAUCAGAUACAGGUAAGGAAUGUUUAAUGGCAGGUCCAAAUUAUGUAGCCUAUUUUGUAUUUUAUUUCUUUAUAAGAUUAUUUGGUAUAACUUUCUUUUGUAUAUAUGGUACAUCUCAAAAUGCACGUGAUAUUUGGAUUCAUUCUAAAAUUUUAAAUCAUCCAAAUAUUAAACCAUUCUUAUUGAAAUAUAAUAUUAUAAACUUUAAUUCAAUGACUCAUUAUGGUAGUGGUACAAAUCCAACUUCAAAUUCUAAAAAUUCUAAAAAUAAUCAAAAUAAUCAAAAUAAUAAUUCAAGAAAAGAAUUUGAAAGUAAAAAUAUUGAAUUAGAAGUUAAUGAAUCAAUUUCAAAAGGUCAAACUACAAGAGGUGCUGAUGAUGAAGAAGAAAGUAAUAUUAAUAGUGCUUCAAAUACAAGUAGUGAUUAA